AUCAAUGGAGGCACAAACCCAAUACAAACCUUUCACGGUCUGCAAAGACUUUCUUUGGUUAGAAAAUUUGAAUGUACAGUAUGCCUCUCCAAUGGAUUUGGUAUUAAAUGCUGAAUUCAGGACCCAAAAUACUUAUCCUUGGAACCAGGUCCGUCAGUCCGUGGUGAUGAAGUCCAUAGAAGUCAAAAGAGUUGACCAGAAGGAUAAUCACGCGUGAUAAUAUCAAUCAGACCCAAUUCUACCGGAUCUCAACGAUAGUGCUAUGUGUACCCUUAGAUCACGUUAUGACUUUUCAGACUUGAAGAAGAGUCUCCUUUUCCGUUUUCCACCGCGCUAUAAUAACGGCUGGUUUGUUCUUCUUUUUCUUUUUUCAAUAUAUUUUUCUUGGUUUGGCAUAAAGAGAUUAAUUUCUUCGAUAGCUGAUAGCUAAUGAAAUUUAAAACACUACUUUUCGUGCUAGCUGAUAUCUGGAAGUUUUAUUUUUCUUUUGGAAUUUUAUUAAAUUUCUCUGGAAGUGGAUGAAGUUUCAAAGCAGAAAAUAUCAACGACCACCUAUAGUGGCGGUGCACAACAAACCUAGUCUACUAAGCAACAGCAUGUACUACUGGCUAUGCCGGUUGUAACGUGUGUUUACCAUAGUCGUCUCUAACUAUAUUACUCGUUUUUUUUCUUCUGUUUAUUAAUUUUGGAUUCUUCACUCUUCUAAAGUAAAUGAUUGUAGCAAAUCACGUUACUAAUUCAUGAAGACUGAAAACCUAAUAUCUUAAUCCUUAUUAUCAUUGAGAUAUCAUGAUGGAUGAAGACGACGAGGAUGAAUUCAGCACAGUACUAUUAUCAAACCACCACCACCACCGCCACCACCACCCAGCUGCUGUAGUCGUCGACUCGUCGUCUUCGUCCCUGCCGCCACCAAUCCAAGAUGCUGAUGAUGUGGAUCAAAAACCUGCCUUAAAAGAAUUCAAUUUCUUUUCUAGUGAUAAUAAUGGUUCCACCGGUAAACAAACUCAUGAUGUCCAUGAGCCAGUUGAGACCGCAAAUACAGGAUUGUGUCUUCUUACCGAAACUGGUUGCAAUUCAUCAGCUGAAAUUGAAGAGAAACCCCAGGCUCAACAAGUAAGGAUGAUUGAAGUGGAGGUUAAUCGGCUAAAAGAAGAGAACACUAAUCUAAAACACAUGUUAGAUCACAUAACCAAUAGUUACAAUCACCUCCAGAGUCAAGUACUUCAAAUUAUGCAGCAACAACAGGAACGUGACGAGCUGAUUAAUAGAGUGCCUGAAGAGAGGCGUAUUGGAAAUGGUAGAACUGGUUGUAAUCCAACAUCGUCAUCCCAACCACAACCAAUGGAUUCUGAUAAUUUUCAUCCGGCAACAUCAUCCAGUUACCGUGGUCAAAUUAUGCAGCCACCAAUUGAAAUCAAUCACCAUCGACGGAGUACUCGUUCACAUUUUCGUGCAGUGACAGAACCCAAAGAUCAGCUGGCUUCUCCUAGUACGAAUAAUAGCAAGCAGGAACGCUGCUACGACCAUAGUGGUGGUGACGAUGUUAGUGAUGACCACACAGUACAGCAAGUCUCUAGAAAUUUAAGACGAUCUUCUGUAGACAGCGUGCAGAAUAUGAGCAUGGAUCAACAACAAGAGGUUCCUGAAGUUGUCCAUUUUCGUAAGGCCCGAGUAUCUGUUCGUGCAAGAUCAGAUGCCCCUAUGAUAAGCGAUGGAUGCCAAUGGAGAAAAUAUGGUCAGAAACUGGCCAAAGGAAACCCAUGUCCACGUGCUUAUUAUCGCUGCACCAUGGCGGCCCAAUGUCCUGUUCGUAAACAGGUACAAAGGUGUGCCGAGGACAGGACCAUAUUGAUAACAACUUAUGAAGGAACUCACAAUCAUCCACUCCCUCCUGCUGCCACAGCCAUGGCUAAUACAACGUCUGCAGCUGCAACUAUGCUGCUUUCGGGUUCUAGCACCAGCAAUUAUCACAAUAGUCAUGGCUUCAUCUCAUCAUCCCCUGCAUUUCCGUAUCUGAAUACAUCCACAAUGGCAGCAAGUCUAUCUUCCUCAGCUCCUUUUCCAACAAUCACACUAGACCUAACCCAACAGAUAAAUAGCACCAGCGCAACCACACAAAUAAAUCAUCAGCAUCAUCAGAAUAAUCCCAACGUUAUGCAACUCAAUGGUCAAACGGGGCUAAUGCCCUCAUCUCAGUCAUCGUCACUAGUACAAGCUUUAUUAAAUGGUGGUGUGGGCAGCCAUGGGUUUUCAGCAAUGCAGCUUUUGGAACAGCAGCAGUCAGCUCAUGCUAUGUCAUCACUUGCUGGCAGUAGUAGUGGUAGCCAGGGGGUUCAUUUGAAUGGACAACAUGCACCAUCAUCAUCGACAUCAUUAGUUGAAACAGUUAUUACUGCUGCUAUUGCCAAUGAUCCUAAUCUCUCUGCAGCACUAACUGCAGCUAUUUCUUCGAUUAUAGCAGCUGGUGGUCCACCAGAGAGGAGCAACCACACCCCCAUUACCAACAACAAUGACAACGACAUCCCUACUGGAAACAACAUUAGCAACCACACUACUAGUAGUUUCCUUCCUGCUAAUUCAGCAACAAAUGUGAUUGAUCAUGGAGUAGUAAAUCCUGCCGGGUUGCACCAGCAGCAACAACAUCCGGAGCAGUCUUGCACAACUACUUUUGAUCCGCUAUGACUAAUUAAGUUAAUCUAGCUAAUUAGUAGUUAGGUCAUUUUUUAACGGAGAGCAGGGACAGGUUAAUAAGUUAUUUGGUUAUCAUGAUAGAAAUAAUGCGUACUAGUCGGAGAUCUUAGAGAGUUUAUUUGAUUGAUUGUUUAUUUGUUUGUAGCGGAAUCGUUAUAUGUAGAAAAGAGGAAAUGGUGAAAAUUGAACAACUUUGUUUUAAGUUAUGCAAACAGAUUCAUUUUUAGUUUGUUCGA